GCUGCCAUUUUGUGAAAUACUGCGUGAAUAGAAUCUUGUUAUUGGGGUGUUUUGGUAAAAUUUUCAAAUAUAUUUUCCAAUCCCAGCCCACUCUGUGAAUCAUGAGUACAUUAGAAUCCAGAAUAGCAGUUUUGGACCCAGAGUGCAUGCUAAAAACAAAUGAUGCCACCGGAGAUAAUGAUGCAAACGUAUCAAUGGAUGAGGAUACGGAGGAUCCAAGCACAACAGUAGCCGACAAAGAACCCAAAGACGAAGAUGAUCUGAUAUCGAUGGAAACGUUACGUGAAUCUCCUUUACAGUGGCCCGAACGUUUUCCAGGCAUGGAAGAAUUUCUAACCGCUAGCCAUACCCCCAUACAUACGCCGAUUGUGGACUGUGCACAAAGUUGGACCGACACGGAUAUGGCGAAAAUCAAUAAAUUGGCCAGCAUGACACCAGACCAACUGAUUGAGAAAAUCAAAUUGAUGCAUGACGAGAUCUAUCAAUUGGGUUUACGUGAGGCCAAGGAAAUGACACGUGGUAAAUUAUUGGGCAUUUUCGAUCGUGAUCGUACGCCCAAAACUCGAAAGCAAUAAUAAUUUUUCAUAGAUAUUUAAGAAUCUUUAGCCGAUAAGCGUAAUCCUUUACCCUAUACAAUGUAAAUAUUUGCAUACAAGUUUUAUAGUAUGUAUGUAUGUAUUAGAAGAUUAGAUGGAAUUAUUUACCAUUUAUACAGUUAAA